UAUAGGUGCUCUUAGCACCUAGACUAUGCCUCUGAUAGUGCAAGUUCAUAGCCAAACAUGCUAAAAGAUGAUUUCCUUAACUUUAUCCUUGUUAGAAAAAUGAAAAAUGUCAUUGUAAAAGUUAUUUUACCUAACCUUUUCAUAUAAAAGGAAGAGAAAAAGAAAAAUCAAGGGUGUAGUUAUUUUGGUUUGUUUAAGGGUACACGUGGUUGGCAGAAAAAUGAGAAGCGGAAAUGGAGUUGUGAGUUCCCAUUGGUCCGAAAUCUAUCCCAGAUUUCAUCUCCAGAUUUCAUUAUCCUAGUUGGCUCCCUCCAAACACUCCCACAGGAUUUCGUCCCCGACCCACACCCACAUAGGAUUGGGAUAAUAAAUCACUCAAUUCUCUUCUUCUUUCUCUUAUUACAAACACACCAAACUUCUAAAAACACUUGCAACUCUAAACACACAAACCUCUUUUGCCCUUGUAAUCGAACUCGGCCAGUAUGGCAGCGACUUCUGGUGCGGUUCUUAACGGCUUGGGCUCUUCCUUCUUGUGCGGAGGGAAGGGAAGCAGCCGCAGCCAGGCUUUGUUCUCCGCCGGAGCCAGAGCUGGAACCUCUGUUUCCCCAAGGAGAAUGAUCGUUGCCGCUGCAGCCGCCCCCAAGAAAUCGUGGCUUCCAGGUGUUAGAGGCGGUGGCAACUUCAUCGACCCCGAGUGGCUCGACGGCUCCCUCCCAGGUGACUAUGGUUUCGACCCUUUGGGACUCGGCAAGGACCCAGCGUUCCUCAAGUGGUACAGAGAAGCUGAGCUGAUCCAUGGAAGGUGGGCCAUGGCUGCGGUGCUCGGAAUCUUCGUUGGCCAAGCAUGGAGCGGCGUGCCAUGGUUCGAGGCCGGAGCUGACCCGGCAGCCAUAGCCCCAUUCUCGUUCGGCUCCCUUCUGGGAACCCAGCUAAUUUUAAUGGGUUGGGUCGAGAGCAAAAGAUGGGUGGACUUCUUCAACCCGGAAUCGCAGUCGGUGGAGUGGGCGACGCCAUGGUCGAGGACCGCUGAGAACUUCGCCAAUGCCACCGGAGAACAAGGAUACCCCGGAGGCAAGUUCUUUGACCCUCUUGGACUGGCCGGAACCCUCAAGGACGGUGAGUACAUCCCGGAUGGGGAGAAAUUGGAGAGACUGAAGCUAGCGGAGAUUAAGCACGCGAGAAUAGCCAUGUUGGCUAUGCUUAUUUUCUACUUCGAGGCUGGUCAAGGGAAGACUCCUCUUGGUGCUCUUGGCUUGUAAAUUAUUGUACCAAAUGUGUUUAUAGAUUGAUUGAGUUUUUGAAAAUAUUUAUGGCACCCACGGGUACUUUGUUUUGGAAAAUGUUAGUAAUUAUCUGUAUUUAACUUAUCCAAAAUUAACGAGUUAAUUAUUAGUUAUCA